AUGACUUGUUGUUAAAAAAGUGCUUCCUUAAUUUUGAUCAGAGAUGAUUUUAAAGUCUUGAUGUUAAAAAGAAGCAAUGAAAUUUCAUUUGGAGGAUCCUUUGUUUUUCCGGGAGGGAUUCUAGAAGAAACAGAUUAUAAAAUAGCUCUAGCAGAUUCAUAAUUAAUUUAGCAAAAUCAAUAAAGAUACUAUUGCUCUCUUAAUCAAGAUUGGUAUGAUGCAUCAUUGAUUGCUGCUAUAAGAGAAACCACUGAAGAAACUAAUAUAUAGUUAGAAUAUAAAUAAUUAUAUUCCAAGAUCAAGCCAUUCAUGAGGAUAGUCACUCCUCAGAUGAUGGAAAAAAGAUAUGACACUUAGUUUUUUGUUUUAAAUUUAAACAAUUACGAUCAAUUAGAAAUCAAUAAGACUGAGAGCGCCAGUUAUGAAUGGGAUAAUCCUGUUGGAUUUUUAUAAAAAUUCAUUAAUAGCUAGAUAUACUUAUAACCACCAAUAUUCUUGUAGUUGCUAAUACUAAAUUAAUUAGGAAUUACAUUGAUUCAGGAGAUUAAUAAAAACAUGCCCAUCCCCAUAUUUUCUAAUUUAGUAAGCUAUAAAGGAGCAUUUAAUUAUCCUGAUCCAAAUUUCAAUUUAUAAAAGUUGCUGGAAGCUGAAUAAACAGACUAUUUAAAAAAAGAAUUCAAAACCAGAUAUACUCAAAUGGAGAGGUCAGAUUUUAGAUUUGAAUUUGAGGCAAACUUAAAGAGUUUGACUGGGUUUAUAGGAAAGUUUAAGAAUUCACCAUUAGCAUUGUUGGAUGGCCAAAUUAUAAAUAAUGGCCAAUUCAUACAAAAUAAGGCAAGGUUAUGA